AUGUCAUACAUAGUUGAUCGAAAGAAAUGUUGUCUUGUUAAAGGUGCUGAAAAGAAAUAUUCAGCGAAAGAUAGCGUAACAGUGUACGUAAACAAAGUUGGCCCAUAUGCCAACCCUCAAGAGACGUAUCACUAUUAUUCGUUGCCUGUUUGUCGUCCAGCGAAAAUUGUUUCUAAAGAUCUGACGCUUGGAGAGGUUCUUUCGGGUGAUCGAAUGGCUCAAUCAUUGUACGAAAUUAAAUUUAAUGAAGAGAUCAGCAACAAACAAUUAUGUUCAUUAUCUUUGAGCACAGAAGAACUGAAUGCCGUGCGAUUGGCGAUUGAAGAACAUUAUUAUUUCGAAUUCGUCGUAGAUGACAUACCGAUCCGUGGUUUUGUCGGCGAAGUCGAAGAAACAAAUAUAUUUCCACAUAGACAUCAUAUAUUAGUUUAUACGCAUUAUCACUUUAAUUUCUUCAUUAACAACAAUCAAAUCGUUUAUGUGAAUAUUAGUACGAAAGAGCAUCCACCUGUAUCUUUAGAUGAUGAAUCGCUCUCAUCCAUCAAACUCGAUUAUACUUAUUCGGCUAAAUGGCAUCGCACCGAAACAUUGUACAAAGAUCGAGCAAAAUUCAUUGCCAACACCGGAUUUUUUCCAAAAACUUUAGAAGUACAUUGGCUAUCUGUAAUCAAUUCCAUGGUCCUCGUCUUUCUUCUCAUCGGUUUUGUUGUGAUUAUUCUUUCUCGCAUCUUAAAAAAUGAUCUCAGUCGUAUUGGCGAUGACGAUGAUGAUGGAUCAGUCGAAGAAGAGAACGGAUGGAAAAUAAUCCAUACAGAUGUUUUUCGUUUUCCUCAUCAUCGCGAACUAUUCAGCUCAAUCAUUGGCGUGGGUUGUCAAUUCCUAUCGAUUUUUUCCGGGAUACUCUUCUUCGCUUUUUGCGGAAUGUUUACAGUCCAUCGUCAUGGUUCUCUGAUGGCAUCAGGUGUUAUUUUAUAUGCGUUUACAUCAUGCGUUGCUGGCUUUAUGAGUGGGAAAAUGUACCGACAAUUGCAAGGCGAACAUUGGGCGUGGAAUAUUAUCUUAACAGCCAACCUUUUUACCAUUCCAUUUUUCGUUAUCUGGUGUGUGAUUAACACUUUCGCAUGGGCAUAUGGAACAACUCAAGCAUUACCAUACACAACUGUUUUGAUUCUUGUUUUCAUGUGGCUUUUUGUUGGAUUUCCAUUGACGGUUUUGGGUGGAAUAUUUGGGAAGAAUUUUUCGUCGAAUUUCGAUGCUCCUUGUCGAACAAAGAACAUUCCUCGUGAGAUUCCUGAUGUACCUUGGUAUCGAUCAAAUUUGGCACGAAUGUUAAUCGGCGGUUUCCUUCCAUUUUCGGCCAUUAGUGUCGAACUCUAUUACAUAUUCUCAACAUUCUGGGGCCGAGAACAAUAUAUGUUAUACGGCAUCUUAUCAAUUGUUUUCUUAAUACUUUUAUCUGUGACAGCUUGUAUCUCGAUCGCACUAACAUACUUUCAAUUGGCAUCCGAAGACUAUCGAUGGUGGUGGCAAUCGAUCAUCAGUUCAGGUUCGACUGGCCUGUUUGUCUUCUUGUACGCGAUAUUCUUCUACGCCUAUCGAUCGAAAAUGAAUGGAACUUUGCAAACAUUACAAUUCUUUGGUUAUUCAUUAGUGGGGUGUUAUGUCUUUUUUCUGAUGCUUGGCACAGUCGGAUUCUUCUCUUCGCUACGCUUUAUUCGGUAUAUUUAUAUAAAUAUUAAAAUGGAUUGA